CUUUCAAUAUCUCAAUUUCCAGCCAGCGUGUCAAGCUCAAAGGUACAAAUAGAUAGCCAGCGUCGUCUUCAAUUUGUCUUCGUAAUUCAAACUUCCCAUUCUGAAUCUUCAAGAACAUAAGUAAAACUCCUUGAAAUUACACAAUAAAUUUGUUAUUUUUGUUUUUAGUUUGAUUUUGAUGUAACAUAAAAGAUGAUCAUCAUGCAGUCCGUGAAAUACUAUCUUUCAGAGCAUCCAUGCAUCGUCAACUUCCGAUGGAGCAACACCCAAACGUUUGGCUCCACGUGGUCCUUCCUCUUCUCCUCCAUCUCCAUCUACGUCCUCGCCGCGACCACCCUCCACAGCUUGCUCUCUCACAUCCUCCCCAAGCGCCGGGGUGUUCCGCUUGGCCCUAUCCCAGCCAUCCACAGCCUCUGCAUCUCGUUAAUCUCCGCUGUCAUUUUCACCGGCAUCCUCCUAUCCUCGGUCGCCGAUAUUCGCGACACCCGCUGGUUCUGGCGCCGUACGAAAACCAUCACAACCCCAUUCCAAUGGUUCCUCUGCUUCCCACUGGGAACCCGCGCUUCGGGUCGGGUGUUCUUCUGGUCGUACAUCUUUUAUCUCUCCCGUUUCCUUCACCUCCUCCGAACAUUCUUCAUCAUCCUCCGCAGCCGUAAACUAACAUUCUUUCACCUUUUCAACCAAUCAAUUCUUUUAUUCAUGUCUUUUCUAUGGCUGGAGUUCUGUCAAUCGUUUCAAGUGUUGGCUAUUUUAUUAUCCACUUUGUUAUACUCAGUGGUGUAUGGGUACCGAUUCUGGACGGAGAUUGGGCUGCCGACCGCCUGCUUCUCGUUCGUGGUGAAUUGCCAGGUGGUGCUUUUGGGGUGUAAUUUGGUCUGCCAUUUUGGGGUUCUUUUCCUGCAUUUUGUGAAAGGUGGGUGCAAUGGAAUGGGAGCUUGGGGUUUCAACUCUGUUCUCAAUGCCGUAAUUCUUUGUCUCUUCCUCGAUUUCUACUUCAAGAAGCAUUUGAAAAAGGGGACGGUUGGUAACAAUAGUGGACACCGCCGUCGCUCGGUGUCGGAAUUAAAGAGCGAAUGAUUUUAUUCAACCAUUUUUUCAUUGGUUGUAACUGUUUUGCUCUAUAAGGAAACGAAAUGUGUAAAUAUAUUCUUCACAUGUUUCAACAGCGAUAGUCACCAAAGAUAAUAUGAGAAACAAUUUUAUAAUAUUAUCACUUUUUAACAGUUAAUGUAAAUCAUCUUGAAUUUCAUAA